AUGAGGGCCGCGGGGCGCCGGUUCCUCCCCUCGCGCAGGAACGAGGGCGCGGUCGGCUUCCGUGGCGAGGCCGUCUGUGCCUUCGCUUCCUACCCAUCAGCGGGGGAUUUCUCCGGCGGCAGCUCGGGGAGGAACAAGGUAACCGACGACUACGCGUCGGAAGUGGAGAGAAUCUACCGGAUACUACGCAAGUUCCAUUCCCGGCCGCCGAAGCUCGAGCUCGCCCUCCAAGAGUCCGGCGUCCGCCUCCGCCCGGGCCUCGUCGAGCGCGUCGUCCGCCGCUGCGGCGACGCCGGCGCCCUCGGUUUCCGCUUCUUCGCGUGGGCCUCUCGGCAGCCCGGCCAGCCGGUCACCGCCGACGCUUACAGGUCCAUCGUGAGGAUGCUCGGGAAAAUGCGGCAGUUCGGCGCCGCCUGGGCUCUCGUCGAGGAGAUGAGGCGGGAGAAUCCAGAGUUCAUCACCCCGGAGAUCUUCAUCACCAUGAUGCGGCGGUUCGCCUCGGCGCGGAUGGUUGGGAAGGCCAUCGAGGUGCUCGACGAAAUGCCCAAGUACGGCUGCGAACCAGACGAGCACGCCUUUGGCUGCCUCCUGGACGCCCUGUGCAAGAACGAGAGUGUGAAGGAAGCGGCGUCGCUGUUCGAGGACAUGCGAGAGCGAUUCCCGCCGACGCUGAAGCACUUCACCUCCCUGCUCUACGGCUGGUGCCGGGCCGGGAAGCUGGCCGAGGCCAAGCACGUCCUCGUCCAGAUGCGAGCGGCCGGCCUGGAGCCAGACAUUGUCGUCUACAACAACCUGCUCGGCGGGUACGCCGCCGCCGGCAAGAUGGAGGACGGGUACGAGCUCCUGCGCGAGAUGAAGAAGAAAGGGUGCAACCCCAACGCCGUCUCCUACACCACGUUGAUCCAGGCGCUCUGCUCCCUCGAGAGGACCGACGAGGCCAUGCGCCUCUUCGCCGAGAUGCAGCAGCACCGUUGCCCUCCGGACGCAGUGACCUACACUACGCUGAUCGGCGGGUUCUGCAAGCGGGGAGACAUCUCUAGGGGCUACGAGCUGCUCGGCGCAAUGAUCCAGCGGGGCUGCGCGGGGAACCAGGCCGCCUACCUCCACAUCCUGGCGGCGCACGAGAAGAAGGAGCAGCUGGAGGAGUGCCUGGGGCUCGUCGGAGAGAUGAGCAAGGUCGGGUGUCCCCCCGACCUCCACAUCUACACGCUGCUGAUCCGGCUGGCCUGCAAGCUGGGGGACCUGAACCGGGCCGCCGCUCUCUGGCGAGAGAUGGAGACCGCAGGGCCGAGCCCCGGGCUCGACGCCUUCGUCGCCAUGGUGCACGGCUUCCUCGAACAAGGUUCUCUGGUCGAGGCCUGCGCCUACUUCAAGGAGAUGGUGGCGAGGGGCCUGCUGGCGGCGCCGCCGUACGGGACCCUGAAAGAGAUCUUCAACACCCUGCUGAGGGCCGAGAAGCUCGACCUGGCGAUGGAGCUGUGGGGAUGCAUGGCGGGCGGGGGCUGCGAGCUGAACGUCGGCGCGUGGACGAUCUGGAUCCACGCGCUGUUCAGCCGGGGGCACGUCAAGGAGGCCUGCGCGCAGUGCCUGGAGAUGAUGGACGCGGGGCUCAUGCCGCAGGCCGACACGUUCGCCAAGCUCAUGAGGGGCCUGCAGAAGCUCUACAACCGGCAGAUCGCUGCGGAGAUAACAGAGAAGGUGAGGAAGAUGGCAGCCGAGAGGAGCAUAACCUUCAAGAUGUACAAGAGGAGGGGGGUCAGGGACCUGAAGGAGAAGGCCAAGGCGAAGGUAGACGGGAGGAAGAGGAGAGCACGCAGGCGUCGCUGGGGCUCCCCUGCGGGUGCACCUCUUUCUCCUCCUCCAUAG